AUGGAUUCGAACGGGAGAGAAAAUUUGGACUCCAAGGCUGAAUUUCGGAAGCCUUUGAAUGACUCGGUUAAUAGGAAGUAUCGGCGUAGAUCUUCGGUGGCUGGGUCAUCGUCCUCGUCCUCGUCUGAUGGAAGUCCACAACGUAAACACAACUCGAGCCCGGUCCAACUGAGAAAGGAUAUAGCAAAAGUUGAUGAUGAUAAAAGAAAGAGGGACAACACUAAGGAUCGACAGUCAUCUAGGAGCUAUCACAGGCAUGACGAUCACAUCAGGCGUGAUAGACGUGUGGAUGAUUAUGAUCGAGGUUAUUCCAAGUCAUCCUACCAUUCUAGACAGGGCUCGCGAGACAAAAACAACUCAAAUUACUCGAGGUCUGAUAGAGAGCUCCCAUCUAGACAUUAUGUGAGCGAUGUGGACAAAAACUCUCAUGGGAAAUCUGAUGGUUUGGGGCAUAGAAGUAGGGAUAAGGACUCAUAUGAUUGGGCUGUAGACGGGCGAGGGCAUAGAGAUGAUAGGGGUGACCGAUAUGGAAGGAUGGAUUAUAGAAGGAGUUCAAUGGAUUAUAAAGGUGAUCGUUCGCCUGCUUAUGACGAGUCAAUGGACCAAAUAAAUGAUUAUUCUUCACGAAGGGAAAAUUAUGGACAUCGUUUAAAGGAAUCCUCUUCAAGGUACUCCAAGGAAGUCGAUGCAAAUGAUGAAAAGAGUAGGCGCCUGGAUGCAGGUGCUCGUAAUGUGCAAAUUAAUAGAGAUACAAAGGAGGAUUCAGAUGGUAUGUCCAACAAGGGUGAAGAAGUUGUCGCUAAGAAGGCGAAGACUUUUAGCAUGGAGAGCACUGCUGGCUCGGAUGUUACUUCUGAGAAGGAUCGUGUGACGGAUUCUGAUAUUGAUGCUGCGAAAAUUGCUGCUAUGAAAGCUGCUGAAUUAGUUAACAAGAACUUGAUUGGAACUGGAUGCAUGACCGCUGAUCAAAAGAAGAAGCUUUUGUGGGGCAACAAGAACAACACUGCUAGUGAGGAGCCUGCUCACCGUUGGGACACAACAACAUUUGGCGACCGUGAACGGCAAGAAAAAUUCAACAAACUCAUGGGCUUGAAGGGGGAUUCGAAGGUGGAGUCCAAGCUGGACGAUCCGGAUGUCGAGAAGCAACGGGAGCAGCUUCAGGUGGAGUUGGAGAGACAGUACACAGCCGGUUUGCGCCGGCGAGAUGGCCGGACAGUUGGCCUCGGCCUUUAA